AUGUCGACUGUCCAUCAUGUCAGACAAACUAGAGACCGUAGUCCACCUGCUCGCACUCCUCCCCCGAGAUACUAUAACAGGCAUACAAACAUCCAGCCAAACCGCGACUCAACCAUCCCACCACUUUCACAAGAGAACUCCAACUCUUCAGAAGCUUGCUACAGCGAUGAAAGGGUUAUCUUUAAUGCUAUCCGCGGCUCUACGUCCAAUGAAGAACCCCGUCCCUACGAAAAUCCUUACGCCACAUGUUCGAUCCUAGAUAGAGGGUUGGCAGCCAAUAUGGCCAGACUCAUUCCACCGAUCUCCUCCCAGGACGGACAAUCCUCAACCCAGCAUCGACGUCCCUCCAAAAAACGACCGCGCAUCGACCAAGGCAGAUGGCGAAAUCAGCUCCUUUCCGACCAGGGCACCUACUAUACAUCGCAGCUGGGCCCAAGUCCUUUGAAUGAAGCCUACUAUGUCCCCGAAUCUACUGAGAAUCAGCACCGCAAAGCCGUCUCUCUCGAUGCAGUGGCCGAUCAUAGUCCUGUCGGCUCUCGACAGCAUAACUGCUGGCCUGCAUCCAGCAUGCCGGUAGCUGUAACGACCAAUCAACCGCAAUACCCUCCCCCCGAAAGAUCGCCCACGCCUCCUGGUCUCCCAUCAUUCAACACUCCCGAAGCCGUGUACUGCUCAGCCCAGUUUCUCAUCGGGCACAACGGUCCCCGGGCUGUGCCAUCAAACCACCCACACGGAGAAACACCCUCUGCUCAACGCUCCACCUCAUAUACCGAUGCGUUUCGAAGAUUCCUAGGUUUCCAAGCCCCAGUAGAGACCGCGCCCACCGUACCCAGUGCAAUCGGAAUCGGACGAGCACCAGACGGAACUGCUGUGCAAGGCCGGUUUCCGCAUCGACAGAGUGGUCACGGUACAAGUUUAGCAAGACAACUAAACGACCACCCUUUCCACGACAACGCGCUUCCUACGGCGUCGAUCUCCCAAGCUAGCUUCGACUCAUUCCGGACUGGGCUGGAAGUUGCGCCCGGUACGCCAUCGAAGGGCUAUGGAUCUGUACCUCACACAGGACGAAAGAGAGGAGCUCGCGCUUUCGCCUUGGGUCUUUUUGGACGAACACCUACUUCAGCCCCUGCCCCUGUCCAAAGGGCACAGCAAGAAGAAGCUACCCCCGGUCCGAUAUCCCCUCUGCAACUCCCGCAGCCUCGAUAUGAUCUUGUUCGAACACCGUCCGAUCGCCGGCCAGAGGAUGGAAUGCUGAGCGCUGGGACAUAUACACUUUGUGAUGUUUUGGCUUGGGUUCCGACACGGAUGUACCUCUGCUGCUGUUUUAGUAGUUCUUCUAUUGAGAACAAUGAUGAUCUUGAGAUUAUCGCUUCUAGGGAGACUUAUGCGACGGCAAGAAGUCGGUUUUCGGGCCUGGGAGAUAGGCUUGAGCCUUCUCCGUAG